CAUACCUUAAAUAGCUUUAUGUAUGGUCGAAUCUGAUCCUCAAUGUUUCCUUUUAGGACAGGAACUUUCUCUAGCACGCAAUCGCGCUAUCGCCAGUGGUUUUGCAGUUUGGAAAUCACCCAUCCCCAAUCUCCCAUGUAGCAGACAUGUAGACAUCUAGAAUCGUCUUUACACUCGUCAAAAGCUCAAUAAUUCUGGCAGGAACUUGUUGAAUGAGAUUACAGCACUCUCCUCUAACGUGGUCUCCUCUAAAUUCUGGAGAUCGAGAACCGCUGUAUCUGGAUAUACGAUGUGAGCCAGCAACGCGUCCCGUCAGCCGGGAGAUAUCGGCCAAGUUGCCUUGCAGUUGGGUGCAGUUUUUUAUGGUUUCUGUUUCUUCUUGCUACAAAACAUCUGUACCACCAAAACGUGUCCAUGUCCCAUUUUGUCGCAUCUUGUUUUGUGCAUUUCCUCAAAUUCGUUUUAAUCGAUCGCGAAACUUGUUUUCGAUGGCAUAAUUUCGGGUUUAAAAAAAGCGAAAAAUAAAACACAUACACUUUUACACUGGGGAGGUAUCAAGCAUUUUUAAGGAAAAAAGAUUCUGCACUGCAACAGAAGGUCAAUGUACCAAAAUUGAGAAUGCGUUUCAAGCUUUGGAGUCAUAAAAUAAAACAACAAACAAAACACUCGAUAUAUGAAGAAAGUGCGGGCAAGAUGAACUUGUGUGGUGGAAGCGAAAAAGGACAAUAUAAAAAAGUGUGCACAAGAAAGUAAUGCUUUCAGUUCUGUUCCGUCCGUUACCAUCGAACGAUCGUCUUUAGUUCACCACAAGAUCACCAGAACAAGAUCACCAAGAUCAGUUGGUGUUUGGUUGUUGUGCGUUUGUGAAAUAUUGAGGUUUAUUGAACUUUUUUGUGAAAUAUUGAAGAACGGGGAUACUUAACAAACAGAAUGGGGUUUGAUAAGACGCUCUGUUCAUCAUUCUUGAUAUUGCUUUGCGUUCAGUUGCUGGCAGCGGCCACCACAAAGUUGGUACCUGGCCUUGCGAAAGUACCCGUUACAAACUUAACACGUAGUCAUAGUAAUAGUGCGGUGAACAAUUUUCCCAUCAACGGAUUACCACCGUUAACGUACAGUACGAAAAAGUAUUUCUUCUAUGACGAAGGGGUCACAUUCUUAGAAGCGUGGAAUCUUUGCCGUGAAAAGGGUCAACGAUUGGCUGCGAUCGAGAGCUAUCAGGACCAUGUAGCAUACAAGGAGCAAGUCGCACCAUAUGUGGGUUACGAAACAUCGCACUGGAUAGCAGCCACCAAUAUGGGGGCCAGCUCUCACGAUUACCGAAAGUUCUACUGGAUUACAAAUGACAGGCCCGUCGCGUACAUUAGCGGAUUCUCAAACUGGAUCGAAGGAGAGGCACCGAAUGAUAAUGACCUGUGUGUGGCAACAUAUCUUGGCAGUGCAAUGUGGAUUUAUGGUUCUUGUACCUCUUCUUCUUCAUACGCUUGUGAGGAACCACACGAUGUCUGAUCGCUUCCCGACCCGGAUGGUAAAUUGACCGGUACGUUUUAAGAAUAAAAUAAACAAUUGAGUUAAAAGUCACAUAGUAUUCCACGCUGAUACCGAAGUGCUUUCCGCCCCUAAAUUGUUCUCAAAACAACAAUCAACAAACACUAAACCAGGUGAUCAAACAAACACUAAAGGUGAUCUCGGAUCAUUAUGGAUCAGCUUCCCCUUACAAAAGUGUUCCCGGAUCAUUUGACCGCUUAUUAUUGUAUCGGGUCAGAUUUUCAUGGAACAGAUCAUAUCAAUUGAUCCACCUCCAAAUUCCCAUCAAUAUUGAUCACUCGUCGAUUCCUCCAGGGUUUCUUCCUUGAAUUCUUCCUGAGUGGUUGCUCAUCCAAUUUCGCAUAUUGAAGCCAUCUGGAGAAUGAAUAUGCUUCCAAUGAGUCGCAGCUGUCAUAGUUAUCCUCCAUAUACGCUUCCAUAUACUUCUUUCUUUUGCUCAUCCGAAAAACUUGGGUCUUCGCAAUAAUCGUUUUCCACUUACCAAGUUAUGGGCCCACGAGCAGAAAAUCAUCGAUAGUGGAUUUCGGACUCCGCCGCUAUCUGGAGUCGGAGUCGGAAUGAC